CCUCGGAUUCUGACCCACGAAGGCCGUAAGUAAAAAGCUCUACUUUACCAGGAAAGAACAGAAAACAAAGGAAAGCAAGAUAGAAUUAUAAUGACGGAUAUCGAGAGCAGACAGGCUUUACACUAACACUUAAACAGUAGCAUUUCAAGCGGUUUUCCUUCAUUCUUUUUUUCAAUUUAAGGUGGGUGCCAUGAUUCUGAAUGGAUUCAGCUCUCCCUCCAGAAUUGUUUCCGUGAGUUCAAGGCUACCUAAGCCAAUGCCAUGUAGCUCUACUUUCGUGUGCUUUCAUCAUCUGCCUGUUACGGCUGCACUUCAAAGCAGCAGCAGAAGUUCUUCAAGGUCUUAUUGGGAUUUGAAAUCCUGGUCAGUUGUAGAUGUGCCUUUGUUGCACCUUUCUGCUGCAUCAACUCCAUUGUUGAGUGGGGAUCAAGGUAGUCUCUCACACACUUUACCCUCAUUACCAAGGCGUCGCAGAUCUAGUAUGGGCCCGCGAGCAUCAAAGGAUGUUCCAUACAGUUUUCGCUAUCCUCAAAUGACUAAGAAACCCAGAUGGUGGUGGAGGACUUUAGCAUGCCUUCCCUAUUUAAUGCCUCUUCAUGAGACAUGGAUGUAUGCUGAGACAGCAUAUCAUCUACACCCUUUCUUGGAAGACCUUGAGUUUUUGACCUAUCCAUUCCUUGGAGCCAUUGGAAGUUUGCCGAGCUGGUUCCUGAUGGCAUAUUUUUUUGUUGCAUAUUUGGGGGUGGUGAGGAGAAAAGAAUGGCCUCACUUUUUUAGAUUUCAUGUGGUGAUGGGCAUGCUAUUGGAGAUUGCCCUGCAGGUGAUUGGGACUGUGAGCCGGUGGAUGCCACUUGCAGUCUAUUGGGGCAAGUUAGGGAUGCACUUUUGGACAGCUGUGGCAUUUGCUUAUCUCUUUACGGUUCUGGAGUGCAUACGAUGUGCACUUGCUGGUAUGUAUGCUGACAUUCCCUUCGUAUGUGAUGCCGCUUAUAUCCAAAUUCCAUAUGAUUAAGUGAAAAAAUAUAGCAGAAACUUUCUAUAUUUCCAUUAUGUGUUGGUUAUUUUGUAUGGGAAAUUUUUCAAGCAGAUAUGAAUAUUUUAAGUUGAAUAUUGCCUUUUGGUCAGCUUAUGUAAUUUAAGUUUUAUUCAGUGUAGGAUAUCUAUCCAAGCACCUUGUCCCACCUUCCACCCCCCCAAGUGGGCCUUUUCCCCUCCUUUCUUUAGUUAAUGAUGAUUUUGUGAAUUCCAUUUA